AUGUCAAAUUACAGAAAUAGACUGCAAAUUUACAAGUUUGGUGUAACAUAACAUGAAAAACAUGUACUACAUUUACUUGACGGUUUUAAACUGUAUUUUUUCUGACGCCCAGCUGCCGGACUAUUACCGUUUUUGUGGGAUUUUUUUACAGUGUAUAGCGAACUGAUUACCUUUAGUCAAUACUGUAUUUACGAUGUAUAAAACCACUACAGUAUUUAGGAAAUUUGACAGUUUGCUCUAAAUACUAAAGUAUACUCUAUUUUUAUGUGGGUAUGUGCACGCUUUUGUGACUCUGUUUUUUUGUAAAAAUCCCUAAAAAAAAGUAAAUAAAUAAGCAAACAAUAAAGAAAGAAAAUAAAGAAAAAACACAAUUACAAACCUUUAUGGCAUAAAACAUUUAUAAAACUAUAAAUAAACCUCCGCGUAGCUCAUAUGUCGCGUUGGUAACUUUAUGAAGAGGAGGAAGAGGUGGAGAUGUAGAGACACGUGGCUCCUCCCACGAGCAAUCGGAUGGAUUUACUCUGUGCCUAAUGUCCUCGCUGGUCCUACAAACGCACAGCCAUCAGAUAUUGUCUCAGUUUAGUUAAACCCUCUUACAAGAGAUCAUGACGGAUUUUAACGCGAUGAGCUCAGUGAUAUAUUCGUGAGUGCUGUACGCAGACGACGACUUUAUUGUAGUCUUAUUUACAUUGCUAUGACACUACUUGAAUCGAGUGUUAAGUCGAGUUUGUUAAAGUGCUUUGAAUAAAGAAUCGCGAGAUAAAGUACACACGCGCGCGCAAGAAGAAGUGAGGUACCUGCGCUGUUCCCCUUGCCAGGGAGAAGGUUUGUGGUGUGUUAGUGGGAUGUCUGAAGAUCAGCUGUGGCCUGACUAUGGUGAAACACCAACCCUUGCAGGUCUAUGAGAGACAGCUGUGUUUAUCCUGCCUGACCGGGAUCUACGGCUGCCGUUGGAAACGUUACCAGCGCUCCCAUGACGACAGCUCCAAGUGGGAAUGUGCAUGGUUCAUCCUCCUCUGCUGUUCAUUUCUCCUCCUCCUCAUCUGGUCUUACUUCUGGUGGCAAGCUCGUAAUGAUUACAACGAGUUCAACUGGUUGUUGUAUAACCGUUCGGGCGUUUGGAAGGAUGGCACUGUCCCCAUUCUCGCUACAACACUCACAGGAUUUACUUACUCUGCAUUUUUAAUAGUUCUUGCGCUUUGUCAUGUUGCACUGGGACAGCAGCUUAACUUAUAUUGGCUCCAUAAGAUUGGAGUUUUAGCAGUUCUCCUCACCACCGUCACAGGAGUUGUGUCCAUUGAUGAUUUCUGGCAGGAUGAGUGGGACAUUGUGAUUAUUUCUCUCCAGUUCACAGGUCCGUUCCUUCACAUCGGGGCCUUAGCUGUGGUCACAGCGUUGGGGUGGGUCGUUGCUGGUCAGGUGGUACGAGGAGAAAGAUCAAGACUCCAGGUUGUAACUCUGAUGGUUUACGUGAGUGUUCUCCUGGUUCUGUAUCUGGUUCCUCUCUUCAUCUCAUCUCCCUGCAUCAUGGACUGGUCCAAGCUCGGUCCUCGUCCUGCUGUCAUCGGUCGUCGCGGAGCUCCGAUGCUUGCUCCAGAACACACAGUUAUGUCGUUCAGUAAAGCCUUGCAACACAAAGUAAACUCCCUGGAGGCUGAUGUUGCCAUCAGUCUGGAUGGAGUGCCCUUCCUGAUGAGGGACCGUACGCUUCGCAGGACCACCGAUGUGGACGAACUGUUUCCUGCCCGUCAGAACAACGACGCCUCGCUAUUUAACUGGACAGAGAUCCGGAGUCUCAAUGCUGGACUUUGGUUCCUCAGGGAUGACCCAUACUGGACAGUUCAGUUCAUGUCAAAGAGGGAACGGAACCGCACAGCCAAUCAGACUGUGUGUAGCCUGGCGGAGCUCCUGCGUCUGGCUGCUCGAACAAAUCGCUCUGUGAUCUUCAAUCUGCGACGACCUCCACCCCAACACCCACGACAUCAGCUCUGGGUCAGCGACGCUCUGAAAGUGAUACAGAGGUCCAGUAUUCAACCAGAACAGGUGAUGUGGACACCCGACUGGUACAGAGAUAAGGUGCGGGCAGCAGUUCCUCUCCUCCAGCAGACGUCAGAUGAGAAACUUCCAGUGUCUCAGCUAAAGGACAGAGGGAUCAGCACAUUGACGCUUCACUACAGCCAAGCCAGAGCUCAGGAUAUCAGGCAGUUUUCGGGCAGUAAUGUGAGUGUGAAUGUGUAUCCAGUGAACGAGCCGUGGCUUUAUUCACUCAUGUGGUGCAGCGGAGUGCAGUCGGUUUCCUCUGAUGCUCCACACAUCCUGAAGAAAGUGCCUAAUCCAAUAUGGAUCAUGAGUGCAGAUGAAUAUAGCUUGAUAUGGAUCACCUCAGAUCUCAUCUCUUUAGCGAUUGUCAUUUGCAUCUUCAUAUUUCAAAAUUAUCACCUGAUCAGGUGGAAGAUGAGCGGCAUGCGUAGCUACAACCCUGAGCAGAUCAUGCUGAGCGCUGUGGUCCGCCGGCCGAGUCGGGACGUCAACAUCAUGAAGGAGAAACUUAUCUUCUCAGGAGUUUUAUCCCAUCUCUGGACCUCUCCCCUAUAUUUCAAAAUAACAAGUUUCAGCGCUUUCCAUCCUUUAGAAAUCAAUAAUGGAGUUGGGAGCACAGAUGAGCUUUCUGUGUAUACAGGGAAUGGAUUAGAUGCGUAUGCGUGUGAAGACACCGUGAUGCUCUCAAGUCAUGUGACUAAAGUAAAACCUGGACUUCCGGUUUGAAACAAUUUAUGGAAGGAACAUCUCAAGUUUAUGAUUAUUAUUGUUUUAGCCUGAGUUUCCCUACUGUUCUUGUUGAUUUAUAAACACUCGGGGGACUCGGAGAACAAGAGAAGCGUAAUUGGAUCAGAUUUGUUUGUACACGGUUCUGAUAAUUACAUCACUGUUUCAGUGUUCUGUGUUGAUGCCUUAUGUAUGGAUUAUUUUUCCUGUAUUUAAAAAUGGAGUAGAGUUAUUGUAGCAGUAUGUGCACUAAACAGAGUCAAAAGCAGAUACUGUCCUACUGUUAAAGGAACAGUUUACCCCAAAAUAAAAAUUCUGUCAUCAUUUACUCGCCCUCGACUUGUUCCAAAUCUGUAUACAUUUAUUUGUUCUGAUGAACACAGCGAAAGAUAUUUGGAAGAAUGCUUGUAACUAAACAUUUCUUGGCCACCAUGGACUACUAUAGUAGGAAAAUUUUCUUUAUAAAUUUCUUUCUGUUGCACACAAAAGAAGAUAUUUUGAAGAAUGUAGAAAAGCAAACAGUUCUGGGGCACUUUUGAUUACCAUUGUCAUUUUUCCUACUAUGGUAGUCAAUGGUGGCCAAGAACUGUUUGAUUACAAGCAUUCUUCCAAAUACUUUUCUGUGUUCAUCAGAACAAAGAAAUGUACACAGAUGUGGAACAACUUGAGGGGGAGUGAAUGAUGACAGAAUUUUUAUUUUUGGGUGAACGGUUUCUUUUAAGAUCUUGAUGUGAAUAACAGAUGAUUAAUAGGUUAAAUGUUCAUAUCAUGCAGAAGUAUAAAUGUUCAGGAUGUCCUGUAAACUGUAAAAGGAUAAUUAUUUAUUUUUUAUUUAUUUUACUUUUGUAACAUUAUUUGCUUCCUGAUGAUUCAUAUAUUGCUGUAGCUAAAGAUCAAUUUUCUUACUGCUGUAUCAAUGUCUUUUUAAGCAAUUUAUUUUGUAAAGAAAUCUCUGAAUUGUGUCGAGUGUGUUUUUCAUGGUAGCUUUGGGUUAAAAUGGAUUUUCAGGUUUGCACAAAUUUGAUCUGCUGUUGUUCCAUGAAAAACAGUCCAAUAACUUUGAAAUAUAACAAACAUUGUUUACAGAUUAGUAGGUCCAAUGUGCAACGUACAAAAAAAAUAACUCAAAAUAAUGUAUAUAUUAUAUUAUUGUUUCUGACCACACUUGACCACACCACACGCUGUCUAUUUUUAAAGGGGUAGUUAACUCAUCGUUUUCAUGACCUUCUCAAGCCGGUUUAAUUUUCUUUCUUCUGCAGAACACAAAAGAAGAUAUUUUGAAAAAUGUCGGUAACCAAACAACACUGACCCCUAUUGACUUCCAUAAUAUGGACACAAAACCUCUGUGACUAAUCAAAACCUUUUCUUUUGUGUUCCACGAUUUUGUACAUGGUGAAUAAAUGAGAACAGAAAUGAAUUUUUGAGUGCACUAUCCCAUUUAAGUGUAGUAAAAUAAUCCCUCACUAGAUGGCAGCAACGAUUCAAGACAGUCUUACCUCCUGCGUGAUACUGACUUCUGAAAAGUGUUUACAUAAAAGCAGGAGAUCAUCUCUGAUCUUAGUUGAUUUCAUUUAACAUUUC